GAGAUGCGUUCUAUGGGCUACUAAUGAUUAUUAACUGUGUUUGUAUUUAAAUGCAAUAUGACAAGUUUAAUUAAUAAAAUAGAACUGUUAAUCAAACGGGAGAAGACUACACCUGAGAAAAAACCAAAAGACGACUCCACGAAAUCAUCAAGUGAGAUUCUGUCAGAACUAUUCGGAGCUUUUAACGCCGACCCACCAAAAAUCGAAGAUAUUUCUUCAAAAAAGUCCAAGAAAAGCAAAAGAAAACACAAAAAAGAAAAGAAGAAACGUAGUAGGAGUAGCAGCAGCAGCAGUACUGACUCUGACAGUAGCGAUUAUUCACAUAAGCGUAAAAAACGAAAAAAAAGUAAAUCUAAGAAAAGAAGAGAUGACCUUACUCCUACCUAUCAUCGUUCCCAAACUCCUAUUUUAAUUAAACCCGACCCAGAACCCAAGGUAAAAAGCGAAAAAUUAAACCCCAAAAAGGAAACCGUGAAAAAACCUAAAGAGGAAACCACUUCUCAUAUAAAAAAAGAAGUUAAAAGUGAACCGAACAAUGAACAAGCAUGUAUUAAAAGUGAAAACAGUGAUUUUAUUGAUGCUAGUCUUAUCCCUAUGCCUGAAUCUCCUACUCAUAAAUUAGAUGAAAGUGAUUUACGAUACAAACUAGAUAAUAAAAAGAAUGAUGACAAUGAUAAGGCUAAAGGUAAAAUUCAAAUUAAAAACUUAAAAUUUAGUGCUGUGUUUGAAGAAACUGUAAAAAAAGCUGAAGAAGAAGCAAGGAAGAAAGCUGAGAAGUAUGAAGAAGGUGAAUACACUGACUCAUCAAGUGAAUCUGUUAAGGAAGUAGUUGACAAUGCACAGUUUCCUAAAAGUUCUGAUUUAGGUGGUAUACUUAAACAACAAGUUUCAGAAGAAAUCAAAACACCUGAAGAAGAUAAGAGUAGUUCUAAGAAAACUAGUUCAAAGCAUGUAGAAAGCUCACAUAAGUCAUCACGGAAAGAAAGAGACAAGAGCAAAGAAAGGGGCACCAACAAAUCACAUAAAAGGUCAAGAAGUAAAUCAAGGAGGUCACGUUCCCGUUCAGCAUCACGUAGACACAGGUCAAGUCGGGACUUGGAUCCGCGACGCCGCAGUAGGUCGAGGCACCGUUCGCGUUCACGACGACGAUCGCGCUCAAGGGGUCGCCCCAGGCAUCCAUCGCCAAGGCAUAGAGAGCGAGAGAGAAUCAGACGAUCGAGGUCGCCGACGGGCGUAAAGCUAGCCGAUAGUGAGAAGAAGCGAUUGUUGGAAGUGGCCAGACGUAAUGCCAUCAAUAUGCUCAAGAAUGGCGCGGUGCCCGCCGGUGCUGCCGCCCUUCCACCACACACUAGGAGUCAAGUCAUGGCCGCCAUACAAUCCGGAGGUAAAUCAGUUGAUGAGUUAACAGACUUCUGCAAACAUUUAUCAAAGAAAGAAGCUCUGGGUGAACUAUCAUCUGUUUCAUCUAAUGAUGAAGAUAUGAGUGAGAAUGAAGAUACAAUUGCAUUCCAUCAUCCGUUCCUUGUUAAAGAGAAAGCUCCUAUUGUGAUGAAUAUUAGGGGUGGAGCACCCUUACCGAUAAAGACCACAACAGCUGUUGUUAAUAAAGAAGAGCUUCGAUUGCAGUUUCCAGUCUCAUCUGGAUCUCAACAUAGAGAGAAAGCAUCAGAAUGGGUGCCAGUUUCUCCACCGAAGAAAGAUAUGCAAGUAGCAAAACUUAAUUCGACUAAUACCAAACCCACCAAAACAGAAACCCCAGCUGAAAAGCCUAAGGAACCACUGGCAUUGCCCGCUCCUCCACCCAAAAAUGCUCCGGCCUAUCUUACUGGAUUUACUUCAGGAUCACAGCUGACGUCAGUGCCAGCAGCGCUUCCAGCUCCAGGACCACAAGCUUAUCCACCUGGAGUCGAUCCACCCACUAUUGUAAGUUUGAUAUUUUCUAUGAUUCAUUAUAACUCUUCGCAGUAUCUACACAUAUAUACACUCUAACGAGUUUUUAAUGCAAUAUAUCCAUAAUAUUAAGGCUAAAGGCUAAAAUAUAUGAAGAAAUUAAAUUGCUCAUUUAAUUUCAAUCUUUUGUUUGUGAAAUUGGAAAAUACAAACUUACAAACACUUACGCACGCCAACACACACACACACACAUACACACACACACACACACACAUACACACACACACACACACAUACACACACACACACACACAUACACACACACACACACACACACACACACACACACACAUACACACAUACACACACACACACACACACACACACACACACACACACACACACACACACACACACACACACACGCGCUCAUUGACAUAGAUAUGUAAAGCACAUUUAAAGUCAACUUGUAUUAAUUUCUCAUAUGUUAAAAAUGAUUUUGUUUAGUUAUUUUUAUUUUAAAUAUCUGUUAUUGUUGAUGGAUACAUCUCUUGGAAUGUUAUUAGUUGAAUAACAUUCCAAGAGAUGUAUUAUGGAAUGUUAUUAUAAAGUUAAUAAAUAAAAAUAAUAACACAAUAGGGACGAUGACUGGGUAAAAAAAAGAAAUUUUUUUUUUUUUGCUUCAAUUUAACAAUAAAUAGCUUAGAUUGUACACUUCUACAUAGUUGUGACGUAGCCAGCCCCUAGUCCUCAACUUUAUCUAUCUAUGCCAUUUGUUGUUAAAUUGAACUAAAAAUAAAUAUGUUCUAAUGUUUUUGACGGACUACAUAAUAUAUUAUUUUUUACCCAGUCUUUAUGCCUAUACUGCUAAUUUUAAUUGUGAAUUUUAUUUAUCCUUACACUUGUGUGCAUUAUUUAAAUAGAAAAAUAUUUUUUCAGUUAUUAGGUUUUCUGUAAAAAAAAUGUGUUGCCCACAGGAUGUUGGUGCCAUAGUAUCACAAAAGAUAGCGAUGAUUCGCAAGGAACAAGAAGACAAUGAACUGUGCAGUACACGUGGUUUUGGUUGGAGUUCGACGAGUACACUUGGGGAAUUCACAGGAUCUACGGGUGCACAAAUUUUAACCCCAAGGGAGUUAGCGAGUGGUACACAAGCGUGGGCCAAGAAGCUUUUAAGUGAUAAGGAGAUGCGAGAACUGAGUUACCACACGCUCGACCCAUGAUAGGGGCAUUGCUAUGUGAUCCAUAGAGGUAAGUAUAAACACAGGGACGGCUAUCGACGGAACAAAAAUUAUAAUAUUAAUUGUUCUCAACAUUGCACAUAUUCUCCAUAGUGUCAUUAUUCGUUAUCCAUUUUCACUAUAGGUUGCCU